AUGUGUCCUCACGAACUGUAUGACGGAGCGACCACCGCGCUGUUGAAGUCCCCAGACCCCAAGGGUAGCCACAAAAGGCAGCUCAGCAAUGGGACACCAGAUAACUCCCCGGCACGAAGAUCAAAACGACAGAGAUCAAGCAUCAAUCUGAAGGAGCCUUCUUCUCCCACAUCUGAUCUCGACUUGCCGGUCAAGGAAGAGGCCGAGCUAGUAGUGACGAAGAAGACCCAAAGAUCAGUUCCCGUUAAGGUCGAAGCUGACGAAGACGCGAAGCCUGUGCCAACUCCUAAACGCGGGAAGAAAAGAGAAACUGUGGUCAAGAAAGAAGAGACCGAGACUAUUGUUGAGAAGAAGCCUUCAAAAAGAAAGAAGAAGACACAGGAAGAGAAAGAAUCUGACGCCAUGCCAUUGGCACCGCGGACGCAAGGCUUGCGGAUGUUCGUAGGCGCUCAUGUUAGCGCGGCAAAAGGCGUGUUCAACUCGAUCACUAAUAGCGUCCAUAUCGGUGGGAAUGCCUUCGCCUUGUUCCUAAAAUCACAGCGGAAAUGGGAGAACCCUGCUCUUCAAGAUGAUCAUCGAGAUCAAUUCCGCCAGCUCUGCGUGGAGCACAAAUACGAUGCGACCAAAUACAUCCUCCCCCAUGGAUCAUAUCUUGUCAACCUGGCCCAAAACGACAAGGAAAAGGCCAAGCAGGCCUAUGACUCUUUCGUGGAUGACCUUCGCCGGUGCGAAUCUCUUGGUAUCACGCUCUAUAACUUCCACCCGGGAAGCGCAAACCAAACACCAUUCCCAGAAGCGCUCUCCCGCCUCGCCGACACACUCACGCAAGCCCUAUCCGCCACCAAAACCGUCGUCCCCGUGCUAGAGACCAUGUGCGGCCACGGCAGCACAAUCGGCGGCUCACUACCCGACUUCCGAGACCUCCUAGCCCUCAUCCCGAAAGAGCAUCACCCCCGAAUCGGAAUUUGCGUCGACACCUGCCACAGCUUCGCAGCAGGGUAUGACCUCGCCUCACCCGCGGGGUUCAAAUCCUUCCUUUCCGAGUUCGACGAGCUGAUCGGCCUCCGCUUCCUCCGCGCCCUGCACCUAAACGACUCCAAAGCGCCACGAGGUAGCAAGCGCGAUUUGCAUGCAAACAUUGGCACCGGAUUCCUCGGCCUGCGCGCAUUCCACAAUGUCAUGAACGAACCGCGCUUUGAGGAUCUGCCUAUGAUCCUUGAGACGCCGAUUGAACAGUCCGAUUUCAGCGUGUGGGCGCGCGAGAUUAAGCUCCUGGAAUCGCUGAUUGGGAUGGAUCCCGAAGGCGAAGAGUUCAAGAUUCUAGAGGCGAAGCUUGCGGAGGAAGGGCGGGUCAUGCGUGAGAAGCAUCAGGAGCAGUAUGACCGGAAGAUGGAAGCUGAGGAGAAGAAAAAGACCAAAGGGAAGGGGAAGCAGAAGAGUUUGGCGGAUAUGAUAAAGAAGGGGACUGCGGAGGAAGAAUGA